UUUCUCUCUCAUAGCUACACUACAUAUCUAUAUAUGGGGAGAGCAGAGUUUAGGCAUGGUAGCCAUCCACCAGAAUCCAUCCACAGAGCCUCUGUUGUAAUCGCAUUUUCCCAAUUUCCAGAUGGACAGAAGGCACCUGAGACAACAGGUCACCUACGUGAGAAAGUCACUCUUUGAUCAGGGCUACCUUGAUGAUCAAUUCAUGCAACUUGAGGAUUUGCAAGAUGAUGCAAACCCUAAUUUUGUAGAGGAAAUUGUAGCUUCCUUUUAUAGUGAUUCAGCAAGAUUGAUCCAGAAUAUAGAACAGGCAUUAGUGAGCAGGCCUGUUGAUUUUGGCAAGCUAGAUGAUUGCAUGCACCAGUUCAAGGGAAGCAGCUCAAGCAUUGGAGCUAAAAAGGUGAACAUGGAAUGCUCACAGUUCAGGGAAUACUGUUGUGCAGGAAAUAUUGAGGGAUGCAUUAGGACUUUCCAACAAAUCAAGCAAGAGCAUGCCACUUUGAGGAAGAAGCUCGAAAACUUUUUUCAGUUGGCAAGACAAGCUGGACAAGCUGAGACUGCCUAAAGUGGCUAUAUAUAUAUAUAUAUAUAUAUCCUGACCCAUAGCAAAAAGGACUUCGACAGUAAAACUAUAGUCCCUCACUAGUUUUAAAGGAUCUUCAAGAAUGUGUCUUCGGCUUUCUUAUCAGAUGUGUGUUGCAGAUGUCUACAUCGAUCCUAUUAUUAAAUAAUCAAACACUUGCUUCUGUCUGUGCUUAUGAUGAUCCCAACUUCAUGCAUGCAUCAUAAUAUAAAAAAUCUAUUCUCUACUGGAUA